GUUUACAACGAAAUCUUAUAUUGGUAUUCACUGCGAAAGGUGGAGGGAAACUGACAGAAAAUAAGUCCUUAAAAAUGCUAAUAACAAUAUUAUGGUCAAUAAAAAAGUGCUCGCCAUCACGAAAAUCGCAUCAAAUAAGUGACCCUUCUUCAGUUUAGACCCUUCUACAGACGUCUAGACAUGGUCACCACGUUAAAGACACUGAUCAAAUCACUUAGCGGCUUUACAUGUAAAACGCAGUUAAUCUGGUUCAAAAGACAAUAACGGAGAGAAUGACACCCUGUUGCUUUUUGUUCGUGUCUACACUUAUAAUACAUUUGUACAUUUUACCAGACGUCACAUAAGACGUUCCCCAGAGAAACAGCGGUAGAUGUAGCUAUUAUGGGGCACGGAAAUUGAAGUAACAGAGGUGACAUGCACCUUUUAAGAAUAAAGUAUUUUUUGCGAUCACACACCUGCGGACAACCAGAAAAAAAUAUCAAGAGGCCACACCUUGACUAACAUGGCGUAUAGAACUAUCCAUACAGACCGGGAUACGGGGCACAGAAGUCGACAAUAACAGCUGAAAUAAAUCUGUCAGGACGCUUUGACCACUCAGAUGAAGCAUUAAUUAACGCUGAUCUGGUAAUGGCACUCCGAGGGGCUGAUAUUACCGUUAGUCUUAAUUAAAGACACUGAAGGGAACUAAAGACUGACAGCACAGGCAAUGUCAGGCAGCCGCAUGGGCGCUCAGUGUCAAGGUCUUCCUGACGGGUGUCCGCUUCUGGUUUUGGUGACAUCUCAUAAAAAUAGUUCCUGUGUAUUUUAGUCUAAAUUAGACAAUGACACUGUGGUUUCUGGAUAGUUAUACAGACAAUUUUAUGUCACGCAGUUAUAAGAAGUAGGAAGCAACCGGUUGUGAGCUUUUGUACGAUGGACCUGCGUUUUGCAUUCCCCUUGGCUGUACUCCUGCUGUGCUCUGGUCCAGUUAUAGCGAAAGAUCAAGACGUGAAUGUUAUUGUGGCUAUGGCAGACACCGCCAUCACAUUACCUUGCUCUAAUAUGCCACUUAAGGAGAAAAUGGCAAUAAACUGGCAGUGGUUGCCCCACGGUGCGGACAGCACCAGACUGAUCCUCUCUGCUGACCGAAGGCAGGAGUUUCUGGGCAGGCUGUCCAAGAGGGACGCCCGUCUGGCCGACUCAGGCUUCUGGAAGUCGGGAAACUUCUCGUUGUCUUUUAGGGCCAGUUCCGAGGAUGGCGGCCAUUACACAUGCCUCAUUAACCAGGCCCAGAAGACGCUGAAAGAGCACGUCAUGCUCCUGGUCGUUCUCACAGUGUCUGCAGAUCCCCCCCUCCCUGUUCCAGAGCAGAGCACGCUGCGCCUGCAGGCAAAAGUGUCCGGGUCGAGCUCGGUCCUCGACAUUUCCUGGCUUUCCCCCCACGGGCUGCCACUGCACUAUGAGGUGCUCCCUGAAGGGGGCGUGAUCACUAAACUACCCAAAAUCACACUUGCUGAUAAGGGAGACUACAUCUGCAAAGUUAGGCCACAGGGGAACCGUGGAAGACCAGCUUCCCUCUUUUUGUAUCCAGUGACAGUUGAUGGUAAGUGGGGAAAAUAGCUGCAGGGAGUUUGAA